AAGUCCACUGAUUUAACUCUUAGAAUUGUAAUUUACUAGCUUAUAACUAGCUUAUAACUAAAAUAUAAUUUAUUACUCAUUUACCUUCGCUUGAUGUUCCCAUCACUUUAAAUCACUAAUAUCACUGCAAUCAUGAUCCAUAAUUUCCGAUAAAUUUGUGUGGGACCACCUAAUUUGGUUCAUUCUGUACAAAUGGAAUCGUUACAAACGCACAUGUUUUUGACAUUUUUGCGAUCCGUUACUGCAAAAUGCAUUACCCGUUUCUAUAUUACGAAGAGCAGUUAGGUCCGGUUCUUAUAGGUUAAUUAUGAUCUUCUCAAAUUAACUGGAAUACACUUCUGGAUUAAAUGAAUAUGAACAACGUUGCGUCUGUAGAGUGCUUGACCCUUGAAUUCGGACGCUUCGAAACCGUUCAUCGAUGGCAACGAAUGUUAGAAUGCGACGAAUUUGUUGGUGCCAGGCGUAGCAAACACACUGUUGUAGCAUACAAAGAUGCAAUCUAUGUCUUCGGAGGUGAUAACGGCGAGAAGAUGUUAAAUGAUUUGUUGCGAUUUGAUGUGAAAGAAAAGUCCUGGGGUCGCGCAUUGGCUGCCGGAGCCCGUCCAGCACCACGCUACCAUCACUCAGCAGUAGUACAUGAUUCUUCUAUGUUUGUAUUUGGUGGCUACACCGGGGACAUACAUUCCAAUUCGAAUCUCACCAACAAGAAUGACUUGUUCGAAUAUAGAUUUCAAACUUGCCAGUGGAUAGAAUGGAAAUUUAUUGGAAAGACACCAGUAGCUAGAUCUGCUCAUGGAGCAGCUAUACAUGACAAUAAAUUGUGGAUAUUUGCUGGCUAUGAUGGCAAUGCAAGAUUAAACGAUAUGUGGACCAUAUCAUUAUUGCCUGGUGAACCAAGAGUAUGGGAGGAAGUUGUUCAAUCAGGGGAUUGUCCUCCCACUUGUUGCAACUUCCCGGUUGCGGUAGCUCGCGAGUCAAUGUUUGUUUUCAGUGGCCAGAGUGGAGCCAAGAUCACCAACAGUCUCUUCCAGUUCCAUUUUCGAGAAAGGCGGUGGACUCGGAUUUCAACGGAGCAUAUCCUGCGGGGUGCUCCACCCCCGCCAGCUCGAAGGUAUGGUCAUACCAUGGUCAGCUUUGACCGGCAUCUCUAUGUCUUUGGCGGGGCAGCUGAUUCUACGUUGCCAAAUGAUCUCCAUUGCUACGAUCUCGAUACCCAAACUUGGAACAUUAUCCUUCCAUCCUCUGAUAGUCAAAUUCCAUCCGGUCGAUUGUUCCAUGCGGCUGCAGUGAUAGGGGAGGCUAUGUUCAUAUUCGGAGGGACAGUUGAUAACAAUGUCCGGUCCGGCGAGACCUACAGGUUCCAAUUUUCUUCCUACCCAAAGUGCACUCUACACGAUGAUUUCGGAAGAUUGCUAAGGGGUCGUCUAUUUUGCGACGUUGAGUUCAUUGUUGGGGAUACGGAGACAAAAAUACCGGCUCACAUAGCCAUGGUAGCGGCGAGGUCCCAGUUUCUUAGGACCCGCAUCAGACAAGCGCGAGAAAAACGGGAGAAACUGGAGAAGGAGAUCAAGGACACCGAUAUGUUAGAGCAGGUGAGGCUGGGGGAUGCAGUGCCGGAGGCCUUUGAAAUGGUCCUCAAUUACAUCUACACGGAUCGCAUCGACCCGACCAGGGGCGAAGAUGGGUCCAACAAUGGCGACGAGGAUCCUCUGAGCAACCGAAUUGUGCUCCUUAUGAUGGACGUCUAUCGUUUGGCCGUCCAGUUUAAAAUGGAACGCCUUGAGCAAUUGUGUGUUUACUAUCUCAAGGCAACCAUAAGUCAUGCAAAUGUUCUGGAAGCAUUGCACAAUGCUGCCCACUUGAAGUUGUACUUCAUCAAGGAGUUUUGCUUAAGUUUUGUAGUUAAAGAAAGCAACUACAACCAAAUUAUAAUGAGCCGAGAGUUUGAGACAAUGGAUCAGCCACUGAUGGUGGAGAUCAUCAGGAGAAGGCAGAUGCCGCAGACAAGGAAUUUUUGCGAACAGUAUGAUCUUGGUACCGGCACGACCUUGGAACAGGAUAUGGAGGCAUUUCUGAAGAGUGUUGGCUCUGAAUUUUGUGACGUAACAUUAAUGUUGAACGGUACAUCCAUUCCUGCCCACAAAGCAAUCCUCGCUGCAAGGUGCAACUACUUCGAGGGCCUGUUUCGCUCUUUCAUGCCAGAGAACAAGAUGGUGAACAUGCAAAUAGGCAAAAUGAUCCCCUCCUCCGAAUCAUUUAACUCUCUCUUGAGGUACAUCUAUUACGCAGAUGUCUCUAUGCCACCCGAAGAUUCUGUCUACCUAUUUACCGCACAGAUUUUCUAUGGUUUCACGAAUAACCGACUGCAGGCCUUUUGCAAACAGAAUCUCGAAAUGAAUAUCAGCUUUGAGAAUGUGAUACAGAUUCUGGAGGCUGCCGACAGAAUGCAAGCCAUUGAUGUGAAAAAAUAUGUGCUGGACCUAAUAGUCCACCAUUUCACGGAGGUAGCGAGGCUUCCGGAAUUAAGACAAUUAAGCAAAGAACUUCUGUUGGAUAUCAUCGAGGCAUUAGCCGAUGAAAGGUGUGAGAUUCGUACCUGUCUGGACAUGGUGAAUGAGUGCUGACCCUUCGCUGCCUCGCAACGCGUCCCGUUCUACCUGGACUUGUCGUUGUCUUCCAAUUACCAAGUAGCCGCGUGCCGAGAGGCACGGGACUGGACAGUUUUACGUUAGAAAACAACUUGGUGCUCUAGGAUACUUCCUUUUUCUUUUUUUUCUACGAAAGUGGCGGCGCAAUUGAAAUACGACGAUGGGAGAAGCUCCACGGACUUAAGGACGCUGUCUCGCAUCGGUGAUCCAACGACGAGAUGUAUAUUUUUACGAGUUUCAUAUUGUAAGAUAAUUUAUUGAACUUUAGCGUAAGUUUGUUGUACAGAAACGAUGUUCCACGAGGAAUAAAUUUCUUUCGGAGAGAAGCUCAAUUAUUCGUGUAUUCGGUCAGCUGUUUCGACACCCGCGAAAAUUGUCGCAAGUCAAAAAUUUCACCGUGAAACGCUCUUUUUUUCUUUAUGUUUUCCAAGUUUACGAGCUACUCGUCGACUAGAUAAACGUUAUUUCUGAACGGCA